AUGAGUCGAACAGCUUCAGCCGGUUUCGAUCGUGAUAUUACGAUCUUUUCACCAGAAGGAAGACUUUAUCAAGUUGAAUAUGCUUUCAAAGCAAUCAACCAAGGUGGUCUAACAACCGUUGCUGUACGUGGUACAGAUUGUGUUGUUGCCAUUGCCCAAAAGAAGAUUCCAGACAAGUUACUUGAUGCAUCAUCAGUGACUCAUUUACAUGCGAUUACACCAACUAUUGGAUGUUUAAUGACCGGCAUGGUUGCUGAUUCUCGAUGGCAAGUGCAACGCGCUCGUUACGAAGCUGCAUCUUGGAAGUAUAAAUAUGGGUAUGAUAUUCCCGUGGAUGCUAUCUGUCGUCGUGUGGCUGAUAUUUCACAAGUCUACACUCAAGAAGCUGAAAUGAGACCACUCGGAUGUUGUAUGAUUUUAUUCGGUAUGGAUGAAGAAAAAGGUCCAAUGUUGUAUAAAACUGAUCCAGCUGGUUAUUUCUGUGGUUUUCGUGCAACAAGUGCCGGUGUAAAACAAACUGAAGCGAACAAUUUCCUAGAAAAACGCAUUAAGAAGAAAGCCGAUCUAAACUUCGACGAAGCGGUAGAAUUGGCGAUUUCAACACUAGCAAGUGUUCUUUCAACAGAUUUAAAACCAAAUGAAAUCGAAAUCGGCGUUGUAACCAAAGACAACGUGAAAUUUCGAGUAUUAACUGAAAGUGAAGUUGAACAACAUUUGACACGAAUUGCUGAAAAAGAAUAA